GAUCUGGACAAGCGAGCGUGGCUGGACGUCAAUGUUUAUGUAGCUCCUCUAUGUCGGAUUUGUGCAACAGCAUCAAGGUCUCUGCAAUGUGAUUUCCUGACGCUGUUUUGUUGUCGUCCCGUAUAAGCUCGCCGUUUUCCGUCACGUUAUGUCGCAGCCUCUGACAUGGGGCACCACUAGCCGGUGAAAGACGGAAGAGACGGAGGAAAACGCCGGAAUGGCAGGCGCCUUUGCCUUCAAAGGCUGCCAGAAAAUUCGCGGUGCGCAAAUCAGGGUUCUGCUCGAAGCGAAGGACUUCUUCCUCUUCGACUGCGACGGGGUCAUCUGGCACGGGGAGAAUGAGAUCACGGGAGCGGCCAAGGUGGUGAACGCUCUGAUCCGCCGCGGGAAAAACGUGGUGUUCGUCACCAACAACUCCACCAGGCCCCGGGAGAAUUACGUGAACAAGUUCACGCGCCUGGGCUUCACCGACGUGAUGCUGGACCAGAUCUUCAGCUCCUCCUACUGCUCGGCCCUCUACCUGAGGGACGUCGUGAAGGUCCGCGGCCAAGUGUUCGUCAUCGGCUGCGAGGGGCUCCGCAGGGAGCUGCUGGAGGCGGGGAUCCCCUGCGUGGAGGAGGCGGACGACCCGGACGCCACCAUCUACAACUGCGACCUGACUCCGGACGUGAAAGCGGUUCUGGUGGGACACGACGACAAACUGACUUUUCUCAAACUGGCCAAAGCUACGUGCUACCUGAGGGACCCUGAGUGUCUGUUCCUGGCCACCGACAACGACCCGUGGCACCCGCUGUCAGGUGGACGGAUCCUGCCAGGUUCUGGUUCCCUCACUGCCGCCCUGGAAGUGGCGUCGGGCCGUAAAGCGACUGUGAUCGGCAAGCCGAGCCGCUUCAUGUUCGAGUGCAUCUCCAGCCAGUUCAGCGGCGUGGAUCCCGCCCAGUGCCUGAUGGUCGGGGACCGACUGGAGACCGACAUGCUGUUCGGGUCCAACUGCGGCCUGGACACCAUGCUCACCCUCACCGGCGUGUCUCAGAUCGAGGAGGCCCAGGAAUACAGAAGCAGUGACCUGAGCACCAACCACAGCUACGUGCCUGACUACGUGGUGGACACCAUCGCCGACUUCCUCCCAGCUUUUGAGGAAAUAGAAGAGCAGAACGACGAUUGACGAACGAUUCCGUCGGCAGCACAGAUCGCUUUUGCGACAUUACAAGUGCAGUGUUGAGUCUCACGUUUGCAAGAAAAUGUUCCAGUUUAUGGGAAGAAAGGGGGAGGGGAAAAAAGACCUGCUUGUAUCAAAAGCAACUCACAUCUAGGACAAAUAUCUGAAAAUAAUGAUUAACCUGUGCAUUCCUCAGUGUUUCUUCUAGUGUUGUGGCCAUUUGUGACUGAAUGUUUUGUUGUUGCUGUGUUUAAUGGAUAUACUGCACUUUGUUAAUCAAGUCCAUUGGUAGUAUUUGAUAUUAGGGUUUGGAACAUUCAAAGUUAUUUUUGUAAAACCAUGAAUUAUUCUUAAUUCAUGUGUUUAGGAGCUGGUAUUGUUUUUGUGAAUGCAGAAUAAUCUCCUCUGAUCUGUCUGGCUGAGUGUCACUUCAAGGUGAAAACAUGCAGCUCUGGCAGAAAAUAAAGCAGAGACUGUAGGCGGAGUGUCUUCUCACCUGUCAUGUCUGUACUACAUUGUGCCAACAUUUAUCUGGGUAAUGAACAACCCACUGGACUCUAUUUUGGAGAACAUUAAUGGUGGCCAGUGUUAAGCACUGACAUGGGAAUAUUAGUGUUGUGAAUGUUUUUACCAUUUAAAGCAUGCCAGCAAUGGUAUCAACAAUAAAAUACCCGAGGAGCAAAUUAAAUAUUGUUCAUCUGAUCAGCA